UGACCAAAUCGCCAACGGCGCUUCACGUGAACUGUGAGCUGUGGCCACAGCCAGUUGUCAGUUGCUCGAAACGAACCCCCUCUAUCCACCCGUCCUGGCGCCACAAUGUUGCCCAACCGUGUCGCCGCGCAUUCUUGUCCUGGUUCGGCCUCGCAACCCCGUUGCGGGGCUGCCUGUCAGGUUAGCGAUGGCCUCAAAAGAACUGAUUGGCUGCUGGGCACUCCGGCUCCGGCGUCCCAGAUCCCAUACUUCCCAAGGCCCCAGCAAGCGAGGCCUCUGACCCCGAGGCCAAACCAGAAACGCGCCGUCUCUCCCAACCCCACGCCGGCGACGUCGCAGCGUACAGUGCCCGAGUACACGUGGUGCCAGUGGCAGCAAUAUGGACGCUUCCCAGUGCUCCGGUCCUCGACAGCCCACGUCUUGCAAUCCCAUGCAUCCAUAUUGUGUUGUGCCCUCCGGAGUGACGACCCUCUCCCUCCCCAAACAACCCCAAAGAGAUGCACUGCACGACGAAUUGACGGGGCAGGAGCAGUGGCAGUCCGCGCUGCCCAGUUUACAGCCUGGAACGUUCGACCAAAUCGCAUUCGUCGAGCGAAUCCCGCGACACACAAGGUGCCGGCAGCCAAGACACGGAGGGGGUUGAGGGUACUUCCAGUCGUGCGACUCUCGUAGGGAGCUGCUGCGGGGUUCAUAUAAAUCGCGAAGCUUGAGUAGAUUCACAAUCUUCAAAGCUUGUUCGUGCUUUGCCUUUUCCUGUUGAAAGCUACCGCAGGUCUUUUGGGCCGUUUACCUUUCCAGUACACUCGGUCCGAGGAACUUGGUCAGCAACCCAAACUUCGUCAUCAUCCUGCGGAGCUUCCACUGGGCUGACCAAGCUUCCAACUGC